AUGAGUGAAUCCGCGGGGCCCUUCGGUCGCGAUCUUGCUGCUAAGCUGGAUGCGGCCGACGCCCUCAAGCACUUCCGCAGCGAGUUCACCAUCCCCUCCAAGGCUGACAUAUCCCGCACCUCGCUCCCUCCAGCCACGGCAACCACAGCAACCCCUACAGGCAAGUUCGGCAACUCGCUGGGCCUCCAGCCCCGGCGCACCGCGACCCGCAUCCAGCAGUACCUGGACACCUGGCGCACCCAGGGCGUCCAGGGCCACUUCAAGCCCCUCGACGACUCACCUCUGCCAACUUGGCUCGAUGUCGAUGCCCGCGCCGCCAAGAUGGUGGCCCCGAUCGUGGGCGCCCGCGUCGAGGAGGUCGCCGUCAUGCAGACGCUGACGGCGAACCUCCACCUUUUGAUGGCAGCCUUCUAUAAGCCAGAUGCAAAGGGUCGGCACAAGAUCAUUAUCGAGAGCAAGGCCUUUCCGAGUGACCAUUAUGCCGUUGAGACGCAGAUUCGGCACCAUGGUCUCAACCCCGAGGAUUCCAUGAUCACGUUCGAUCCCCCGGGCUCCGAAGACACCCUGUCUACCGAAUAUAUCAAGUCCAUCAUCGAGGAGCACGCCUCCACCACCGCCGUCCUCCUCCUCCCGGGCAUCCAGUUCUAUACGGGCCAGUUCCUAGACAUCCCAACCCUGACGACCUUUGCACGUGCUCGCGGCAUCUUCGUCAUCUGGGACCUCGCCCACGCCGUUGGCAACGUGCCCCUGGCUUUGCACGACUGGGACGUCGAUGCCGCUGCCUGGUGCAGCUACAAGUACCUGAACGGCGGGCCUGGUUGCAUUGGCGGCCUGUUCGUGCACGAGCGCAACUCCCGCGUCGGCGCCGCUGGUGAGCACACGACCCGCCUCGCCGGCUGGUGGGGCAACGACAAGGCCGGCCGCUUCUCUAUGCAGCCCGGCUUCCGUCCCGUCCCGGGCGCCGCGGGCUUCCAGCUGAGCAACCCGUCCGUGUUCGACAUCACGAGCUUGUGCGCUUCGCUGGAGGUCUUCGCCGAGGCCGGCGGCAUGGCGCCCCUGCGCGCCAAGUCACUCGAGCUGACAGCGUACCUCCUUCAACAGCUCCACCGCAUGUCGGAGGACAUGGGCGGGUACUGGCGGAUCCUGACGCCGCCUGAGCCGGAGGCGCGAGGCGCUCAAGUAAGCAUCCUUCUGGAGGACGGACUGCUGGAAGACAUCAUGGCGGAGCUGGAGCGACGCGGUGUGCUAGUGGACGAGCGGCGUCCGAAUGUGAUUCGCGUGGCACCGGCGCCGCUAUACAAUAGUUUUACUGACUGCUGGAAGUUUGCCAAGACGGGCUUCUUCGUGCACUCAUCUCCUGAAACGAUGUCAGGAGGCUACGAAGGCGGCGGUGGCUACGGCGGUGGUGGACGCGGCGGCGGUGACCGUGGCGGCUACGGAGGCGGUGGUGGUGGCUACGGCCGCGAUCGCGGUGACCGUGGUGAUCGCAAUGGAUACGGCGGCGGUGGUGGUGGAGGAGGCUAUGGCGGCCGAAGCAACGGCGGCGGCUACGGUGGUGGUGGUGGUGGUUAUGGCGGCGGCGGUGGUGGCUACGGAGGAGGUGGUGGUGGUGGCUUCGGCGGCGGCGGUGGUGACCGUAUGAGCGCCCUCGGCGCUGGCCUCAAGCACCAGGAAUGGGACGUUUCCGCCCUCCCCAUCUUUGAGAAGGACUUCUACAAGGAGCACAGCGAUGUUUCCAACCGAUCGGAUGCCGAGGUUGAAGCUUUCCGCCAAAAGCACCAGAUGGCCAUCACUGGCACCGGUGUUCCCAAGCCCGUCGAGACCUUCGAUGAGGCCGGCUUCCCCCGAUAUGUCAUGGACGAGGUCAAGGCUCAGGGUUUCCCUGCUCCCACCGCGAUUCAGUCCCAGGGCUGGCCCAUGGCCCUCUCGGGUCGUGAUGUCGUCGGUAUUGCCGAGACUGGUUCCGGAAAGACCCUUACCUACUGUCUUCCCGCCAUCGUCCACAUCAACGCCCAGCCUCUCCUCGCCCCCGGCGACGGUCCUAUCGUCCUGGUUCUUGCCCCCACUCGUGAGCUUGCUGUGCAGAUCCAGCAGGAGAUUACCAAGUUCGGUCGAUCUUCUCGCAUCCGCAACACCUGCGUCUACGGUGGUGUCCCCAAGGGACCUCAGAUCCGCGAUCUCUCUAGAGGAGUCGAGGUCUGCAUUGCCACCCCUGGUCGUUUGAUUGAUAUGCUCGAGGCUGGCAAGACCAACCUUCGUCGCGUUACUUACUUGGUUCUCGAUGAGGCUGAUCGCAUGCUUGACAUGGGUUUCGAGCCCCAAAUUCGCAAGAUCAUCGGCCAGAUUCGCCCUGACCGACAGACUCUGAUGUGGUCCGCUACCUGGCCCAAGGAGGUCCGCGCUCUCGCCUCAGAUUUCCUCCAGGACUUCAUCCAGGUCAACAUUGGUUCCCUGGACCUCGCUGCCAACCACCGAAUUACCCAGAUUGUCGAGGUCGUUACCGACAUGGAGAAGCGUGACAAGAUGAUCAAGCAUCUCGAGAAGACUAUGGAGGACAAGGAUAACAAGAUCCUCAUCUUCGUCGGCACCAAGCGUGUUGCCGAUGAGAUCACCCGCUUCCUUCGCCAGGAUGGCUGGCCCGCGCUUUCCAUCCACGGUGACAAGCAGCAAAACGAGCGUGAUUGGGUCCUUGACCAGUUCAAGGCCGGAAAGAGCCCCAUCAUGGUUGCCACUGAUGUGGCUUCGCGUGGUAUUGGGGCUCUCUUGACUCUAUCCGUCUUCAUCUUCCGCGCUGGAAUGUUGCUAUACAAACCCAUUUUUCGCCUGCUAACCAUUCGUGCUAAAGAUGUUCGCAACAUCACUCAUGUGUUGAACUACGACUACCCCAACAACUCGGAGGAUUACAUCCAUCGUAUUGGUCGUACCGGUCGUGCCGGUGCCAACGGAACUGCCAUUACCUUCUUUACCACUGAUAACCAGAAGCAGGCCCGCGAUCUUGUCAAUGUCCUCCAGGAGGCUAAGCAACAGAUUGACCCCCGCCUCGCUGAGAUGGUCCGCUACGGUGGUGGCGGCGGCGGCCGUGGCUACGGCGGUUGGGGUCGUGGUCGUGGCGGUGGUAGAGCCAACGCCAACAACAUGCCGAUGGGUAACCGUCGAUGGUAA